AAUGUUGGCCGUGUGAGUUUUGUUUUGUCGUAUCAUGUUGGACCAUAUCACGUUCCCAUAAUGCUGAUGCUUAAAACAUCAUCGUUUAUCUAUUCCGGUCUCGCUCCGCCUGCCGAUCAUGUCAGAGACUCUGUGGUUUGUAAACAUGUGAGUCCUCUGAAAAAGUUCAUGCUGCUUACAAAAGUGUUAGUUUCAGCCUGAGACACAGCAUGUAUCUUUCUGACGUGAAUAAGUAAACUCACUUCCAAGCAGUGGAGAGAGAAGAAAAAAAAAAAAGAAAAAAAAGAGGAAGAACUCUCAGCCAAAACCUCUGUUCUGUUUUAUUUUUAGACACUUGAAACUUUCCGACUUCAAGCUGGACAUCUAUGUGUGGAUCUGUUUUUAAAAAAAAUGUUUUCUCUUAACUCAACAACACCCCUGACCUACACAAGAACGGAAGAAAUGAACCUGAGUGACAAUCUGAACGACUCGUAUGAAUAUUACUAUGGAGACCUGGUCACACAGUGUCAUUUUGAGAAAUACGAUCGAAUCACGGGAAUAAGUUUCAUCGUCAUCUGUUGCUUCAGCUUCCUCGGGAAUGGCAUGCUCCUCUAUGCUCUGGCCCGCUUUGAAGAUCUCAAAAGGAUCACCAUGCUUUUUCUACUCUGCUUGGCGGUUUUUGACCUGUUGUUCACGCUGACGCUUCCUUUCUGGGCUGUUGAUCAACUGAACGAGUGGAUCUUUGGAGAUCCUGCGUGUAAGAUCCUAACCGGGGCCUAUUUUGUCGGAAUAUAUGGAAGCCUCAUUCUACUGACGGCCAUGACGGUCGAUUGCUUCUUUGUUGUUGUUGUGCGCAGCCAGUGGCUCACUCACAGAAGAAGGCUCAACUGUGCAAGGGCAGCUUUUGCAGGGUCGUGGAUCAUCAGCGUAGGAGCGUCUCUGAAAGACGCCCUGUCCUCCGAGGUUCGAAACAUGAAUAACACCUUCACCUGUGGCAAUGGGCAUUCUCAUGAUGACCAGGUGGGAUACUACACACAGUUUGUCAUGCUCUUCAUCAUUCCGCUGGUGAUCAUCGUCCUGUGCUACAGCUUAAUCCUGCACACGCUCAGGUCGAGCUCAGGGCGGAGAAGGUAUAAGACAUUGCUGGUCGUGUUGCUCAUAAUCAUGGCUUUUGUCAUAUGUUGGGGACCUUAUCAUGUCAUCAUACUCCUGGUACCGUAUAGUGAUAGUGGGGAUUGCAAAAAGAAAAAUCUAAUCAACCAAAUAUAUGUCGCCUGCCGUAUCCUUGCCUAUUUCCACUGCUGCAUCAAUUCACUGCUGUUUCUGAUCAGAGAAAGGUCCAGAAAAAUCCUGUCCAAACUUCUGUUCUGCCAGCCUCAACACAGGAGCGCUGAACUGUCAUACAGAUCUUCUGAGCGGAGUCACUUCAACUUUCACCAACACCACAGCGUGGCAUUUCCACAAAACUUAACAGAACUCAAAUCACUUUGACAAAUGACGAUGAACUCGGUGAUGGAGACUCAAAACUGGUACAUUUCUCCUUUUUAUGUGAGUGAUUCCUAUCAUGAAAAUAUUACACAUAGAGAGCGAGAGCGAGAGCGAGAGCGAGAGAGGGGGGGGGGGCACGGUUAACAUGGAAACAUUUAACUUCAAAAUGAAAUUUCAUAUUGUAAUAUUCUAUAUACUAUUUCUAAUUUAAUAUACUAUAUUAUAUUUUCCUUAUUUUUUUUUAUCCUCAGUCUGUUUUGCAUUGAUAUUUUUAUAAGCUUUUUUUUUUUUUUUGUGCUAACUGCACUCUUAGACUUAAAGAGUCCUUUGGACGGCUAAUGGUUUUUCUUUAUAAAGGAACAAAACAAAAAAAUUAUGCAGAGUACGGGAUUUACCCUUAUUUUCUUACCGUGUACUUGUGUUUCACUUUUCUUUUGUUGAACUCAUUUUAUGUUCUAUUCUCUCUUUUUUGGGGGUGUAAUAAUACUGUAAAUAACAGAAAAAAAAACCCUGGUGUAAUAAUACUGUAAAUAACAGAAAAAAACCCUGGUGUAAUAAUACUGUAAAUAACAGAAAAAAACCCUGGUGUAAUAAUACUGUAAAUAACAGAAAAAAACGUGUGUAAUAAUACUGUAAAUAACAGAAAAAAAUUCUACAUACAUUCAGUUCAUCACAGGAAACUAUUGCACAUUUGUCUGUUGGCAAAUACGAAACUUUUACAGAAACGAGCACAGAGUCGAGAGGCACGAUGACUUAUGCGUAACAGUUUUAGUAUUAGUCACCUUUUUUAUCACUUACGCAAGCAAAAAUAUAUAAAUAAAAAAGUCUUUGCACUAUUAGAUAUAUCAGCUUAUUUAAUGUAGACAGUGCAUUUUAUAUAAGUAGGAAAUAAAAUACAAUAGCGUGUACUGUUUAUAAGAAAAUACCACAGCAAUUUGCCAAGUGCAAUUGUACCUUGAGCUUUUAUCAUGUUAUGGUUAAAUUUAAGGAUCAUCAGUAAAACAAGUUAAUUCCUCUUAUCACUUACACAAGUGAAGCUAAAAACAUUUUUAAACCACAGUCUGUCGCCCCUAACACCCCCCCCCCCCCCCUUUUUAAAGUGAUUAAAAAAAAAAUCCCACAGGUUUUCAGUGCAACUGCAAACUGAAGACUUUCCCGAGGUGCAAAACUUACUAACUGCUGGAGACUCCUUCCAGUUACAGAAAACCUCAUCAUUUCAACAACUGUACAUUUUUCUUUGUUAAAUAUGUGCUAAUUACCUCAACAUUUUUAAGUUGAUAAAUCGAUUUCUUUAAGCCGAAUACACUUGAAUAAAACAAAAAUUUAACUCGGUUAACUCUAUUUAAGUGUAUUUGGUUUUAAAGAAAUCGGUUUAUCAACUUAAAAAUUUUGAGGUAAUUAGUUCCCUCAAAUUUUUCGAGUUAAAUGAACUUAACCGGGUUUACAGUGUAACGGUUGUUAAUCUGUUUCGGAUUAUGUGUAGAAUCCGCCACACAAGUGUCUGUGAAUUCGCUGUUACUAUAAAAACUCUAACAUAUUACGAUGAGCAGCGAUAUAAACCUUGCAACCGGAACUGUGAUCAUUAACCAACAUCUUCGGACCAAUUGGAAUGGAGCACUCAAGAGUGCGUUGGUAUAAAUAUUUGUCUUUUAUUCAGGGAAUUUUUAAGCACCUUUCAACAAAAUAAAUUUCUUUCUUUUGCUGUUGUUGCAGUAGAUUGUAUAGUUCUUUCCUGUUGUUCUUUGGAUUAUACUAGACAGUACAGUAUAGUACAGCAGGCUCUUGUCUUCUCUCUGCAACAUUCACCUCAAUGCCUGUAUAAAUGCUUGCAAUUUUGAGUUUUCUAAAUAUGUGUUCUGUAUUUUUUAUGGUACAAUGGUUACCAAACAAACAAUAAAGUGAUGAACUGCUAUA